UGGCCUCACUGUGACUCUCUGCUCUGCAACAGGUAACACCCCAACCUUCAAUUCCCAAUGCUCGAAACUGCCAGUCGCUGCUUUCCGCUUGUUGAUCCGCGUGUUAGGAAGUAAAAAUUUCUCUGUCAGGCCUCUCUGGGGAUGGUCCUCUGCCUGACUUGAAGAUUUGUUGACAGACCUGAGGGAAGCAGUGUGUUAUUUUCACCCGGACACGCUUGACAAAGUUGAAGAGGAAUAGCGAGCACAGCAACACAAGACGGCAACGCUCUGAGAGAAAGUGAAGGAGUGGAAAAAAGGAACAAUGAUGGAGCUGAAGAUCCAGCUGAUCCCAACAGGGGAAAUCAUCCUUCCUCCGGGGAAGAACGGAGAAAACUUCUGCCACAACUGCAAGGUGGUGGCGAGUGACGGGGUGCGGGCUAUGAUGGAGUCGGCCCUGACAGCCAGAGACCGGGUGGGGGUCCAGGACUUUGUCCUGCUGGAGAACUACACCAGUGAGGCCGCCUUCAUAGAGAACCUGCGCAAGCGCUUCAAGGAGAACCUCAUUUAUACAUACAUUGGUUCAGUACUGGUGUCAGUUAACCCAUACAAAGACCUGGAGAUCUACACCAAGAACCACAUGGAGCGAUACCGUGGGGUCAACUUCUACGAGGUCUCACCACACAUCUAUGCGGUGGCAGACAACUCGUACCGUUCCAUGAGGACGGAGGGGAAGGACCAAUGCAUCCUGAUCUCAGGGGAGAGUGGUGCCGGGAAGACGGAGGCGUCCAAGAAGAUCCUGCAGUACUACGCUAUCACCUGUCCUGCCAGUGAGCAGGUGCAGACUGUCAAAGAUCGCCUGCUGCAGUCCAACCCUGUGCUGGAGGCCUUUGGCAAUGCCAAGACGUUGCGUAACGACAACUCAAGCCGCUUUGGCAAGUACAUGGAUAUUCAGUUUGACUUCAAGGGUGCCCCGGUGGGAGGCCACAUCAUCAACUACCUGCUGGAGAAGUCGCGGGUGGUUCACCAGAACCACGGAGAGAGGAACUUCCACAUUUUCUAUCAGCUGAUCGAAGGAGGGGAGGAAGACUUACUGAGACGCCUGGGGCUGGAGAGGAGCCCCCUGCAGUACCAGUACCUGGUCAAAGGUAACUGUCCCAAAGUGAGCUCCAUCAACGACCGCAGUGAUUGGAAGGUGGUGAGGAAAGCCUUGACGGUGAUUGGCUUCAACGAGGACGAGGUGGAGGAGUUGCUGAACAUAAUCGCCAGUGUGCUCCAUCUUGGCAACGUGCAGUACGGUGGUGAAGAAGGCAGUGCUUGCAUAACUUCUGAUACACAGAUAAAGUAUCUGGCCAGGUUGUUAGGAGUGAAUGGCUCAGUGCUGACAGAAGCACUCACACACAAGAAGAUAAUUGCCAAGGGAGAGGAGCUGAUGAGCCCAUUGAAUCUAGAGCAGGCGUCGUCGGCUCGGGAUGCUUUGUCCAAGGCAGUGUACGGACGCACCUUCACAUGGCUGGUUAACAAGAUCAACGCUUCACUGGCAUACACGGAUGACUCUCACAAACAUUACUCUGUCAUUGGCCUGCUGGACAUCUAUGGCUUUGAGGUCUUCCAGCACAACAGCUUUGAGCAGUUCUGCAUCAACUACUGCAAUGAGAAACUGCAGCAGCUCUUCAUCGAGCUCACCCUCAAGUCAGAGCAGGAGGAGUACGAGGCUGAAGGCAUCACGUGGGAACCGGUGCAGUAUUUCAACAACAAGAUCAUCUGUGACCUGGUGGAGGAGAAGUUCAAAGGCAUCAUCUCCAUUCUGGAUGAGGAAUGUCUGAGGCCUGGAGAUGCCAGUGAUUUCACCUUCCUGGAGAAGCUGGAGGACACUGUUGGAGGACACCCUCACUUUGUCACUCACAAACUGGCUGAUGGAAAGACCCGGAAGGUAAUGGGCCGUGAAGAAUUCAGACUGCUACAUUACGCUGGAGAGGUCAACUACAAUGUCAACGGAUUUUUGGACAAGAACAACGACCUGCUCUUCAGGAACUUAAAAGAGGUCAUGGUUAUGUCUGAGAACAAUAUCCUGACACAGUGCUUUGACAGAGAGGAGCUGAGUGAUAAGAAACGUCCGGACACGGCAGCCACCCAGUUCAAAGCCAGUCUGGCGAAACUCAUGGAGAUCCUCAUGUCUAAGGAGCCGUCGUACGUUCGCUGCAUCAAGCCCAAUGACUCCAAGCAAGCAGGUCGAUUUGACGAAGUGCUGAUCCGUCACCAGGUCAAGUAUCUGGGACUGAUGGAGAAUCUGAGGGUGAGGAGAGCCGGCUUUGCCUACAGACGUCGCUACGAGGUCUUCCUGCAGAGGUACAAGUCCCUGUGUCCAGACACGUGGCCUAACUGGCAGGGGAAGCUGGCAGAUGGAGUGUCCACACUGGUCAAACAUCUGGGAUACAAGCCUGAAGAGUACAAACUGGGCAGAUCCAAAAUCUUUAUCCGUUUCCCAAAGACUUUGUUUGCCACCGAGGAUGCACUGGAGACCAGGAAACAUAGUCUUGCCACCAAGCUACAGGCAGGAUGGAAAGGCUACAGCCAAAAGUCCAAAUACCAAAAACUCAGAACCUCAGCUAUUGCGGUCCAGGCGUGGUGGAGGGGGAUCCUGGCUAAGAGGAGGGCCCAGCGCAGACGGCAGGCUGCCAACACUAUACGCAGGUUUGUCAAAGGCUUCAUCUACCGCCACAAGGAGCGCUGUCCAGAGAACGAGUAUUUCCUGGAUUACGUGCGCUACUCCUUCCUCAUGAACCUGCGCAGAAACCUGCCCAAGAAUGUUCUGGACAAGAGCUGGCCGACUCCUCCAGCUGCUCUCAAAGAGGCAUCAGAGCAUUUGCGCAAGCUGUGCAUGCAGAACAUGGUGUGGAGUUACUGCAAGAAGAUCAGUCCUGAGUGGAAACAUCAGAUGGAGCAGAAAAUGAUCGCCAGCGAGCUCUUCAAGGACAAGAAGGACAACUACCCACAGAGCGUGCCCAAACUGUUUGUCAGCACGAGGCUUAAUGGUGAGGAUAUCAACCCCAAGGUGCUGCAGGCUCUGGGCAGCGAGAAGAUGAAGUAUGCAGUGCCAGUCACCAAGUAUGACAGGAAAGGUUACAAGCCUCGGCCCCGCCAGCUGCUGCUCACUGGUAGCAGUGCCAUCAUCGCAGAGGAAGGCAAACUCAAGCAGCGCAUCGAUUAUGGAGCCCUGAAAGGCAUCUCAGUCAGCUCUCUCAGUGAUGGCUUGUUUGUCCUGCAUGUGCCCAGUGAUGACAACAAACAGAAGGGAGACGUGGUUCUGCAGAGCGACCAUGUGAUCGAGACCUUGACCAAGAUUGCCAUCUGUGCCGAGAAAAUCAACAACAUCAACAUCAACCAGGGCAGUAUAAAGUUUACAGUGGGUCAGGGGAAAGAGGGGAUCAUAGACUUCACGCCCGGAUCAGAACUACUGGUGGCCAAGGCUAAGAACGGACACCUGUCUGUGACGGCUCCCAGACUGAACUCCAGAUGAUGGCCACUCUGACCACACACACCAGGAGCUCCCAACCUCUCCCAUCCUCCAAUCACACAACCGCAGACCCGCUCUGCCUAAGCCAAUCAGAUGCCAGCUGUCACUACACCAGUGGCAUGUGCUUCCAAUGAAAAAAAAGAAAA